GUAUGAGAAGUUGUAAGGGGCGUUCACGUUGUUAGUUGGUAGGUUAGGUUGCCUCAUGGCUAGCUGUUCUCUCUGCUCUAUUCUAUUGUAAAUUGAAGACAAGUGAGAGAUUGUUGCGUACACGCGUGUAUCUUGUCAGGCUUUUUAGCAUUCACAUGUCUGCAGUUUGUGUCAACAUUGUCAGAACUUUUUGCCGCCUUCCCAACACUAUGAUUGGAUCGAAAGUUUUACUUUCAACUGCACCGCCAGUUAAAGCACCACCGUCUAACAUGAAGAACCGCUUGGUGUGGGUUGAUUUAGAGAUGACUGGUUUGGAUUUCAACGAACACCACAUCAUGGAGGCUGCUUGCCUGGUCACAGAUAGUGAACUUAACAUAAUAGGUGAAGGUGUUGAUAUCAUUAUAAACCAACCUGAUACUGUCCUAGAAAAAAUGAAUGAUUGGUGCAUUGAGCACCAUGGACAGUCUGGGCUAACUGAAAGCUGCAAGAACAGCAAGAUAUCACUUGCACAAGCUGAAGAUCAGCUGCUGUCUUAUCUAGAGAAACACACCACCAAAGGUACCUGUCCUCUGGCAGGAAACUCAGUCUACAUGGACAGAUUAUUCCUAAUGAAGUAUAUGCCCAGAGUAAAUGACCACUUGCAUUACAGAAUUGUGGAUGUAUCCACAGUCAAGGAACUGUGCAGGCGAUGGGCUCCCAAGACUUACGCAGGUGCACCGAAGAAGAAACUAGCUCAUAGAGCACUGGGUGACAUCAAGGAGAGCAUUCAGGAACUCAAACACUACAAAAUCAAUUUAUUCAAAGAAGAAUAACUCAGCAUAAUCUAGUAAAAAAAAAAACCUACAAAAUGAAUUUGUUAAAAAAAAGGUGAUGGCUGUUGUUUUGAUUUUGUUAUUUGGUGAAUCAUCUGGCAUUAAAAUGUGCUUAAGCUGA